AGUGCUUAUAUAAAUAGAUGGCCGUCUUAGCUUGACAACGAUACAAAUAUAAAUACCAGGGUAAGGGUCAUUAAAGAUAAGGCCCAAAAAUGGCGGUCUGCUUUCAAUUUUCGCCGCCUCUUUGCUGCAGCAGUAGAAUUACAACUGUUCUUCCAAGGUGUGAGUAUCAACCUUUGAUGCCAAAGCACAAACACUUGAUUUGUAAUGGACCUUCUUUGGACUUGCAAGGGCAUUUGAAAACAAUUCCAGAGAGCAAACACAUGACAAAGUCAAGAUCAAAUAAAAAUGAAAUAUGUCGAAGGGGAUUAGUAUUCCAUACAUUUUGGGUGCCAUUGUCGUUCCUAUUUACUGGUGAUUCAGGGAUUGCUCUUGAUACAAAUAAAGUAGCUGAAGAGACAGAUUAUGCUUCACAGAUGGAUGAAAUAAAUGCAUACACAUUCUCUUACCCAUUGAGAUUACCCAAGCAACAAUCCACAUUGAAGUGGAUUGAAUCUAGAAAGCCAGAAAGGUAUUCAUCAGCUGCACCAUUAUCUGCUGAUGCACGGCAACGUAUUGUGUCAGAACGUCUCGAUAUAAAAGAUAACCUUGUUAUUUCUGUUUCGAUAGGUCCUCCAAACUCUCGCUUUCUCACAUCAACAGAUAAGAAUACAUGGGAUGCAAACAAUGUUGCAGAGUCUGUUCUUUCUGACAAGUCUACUGCGCGCCUAACAACAGGGCAACGUGUGCAAGAAACAUCUAUUAUUGACGCACAUGGUGGUAAAGUUGAUGGUGAACCAUACUGGUACUAUGAGUAUAUUGUGCAGAAGUCACCAACAUUAGCUGCACAAACCACAGAUGUGUUUCGUCACUCUUUGGCAGUUACAGCUGAACGAGAUGGAUACUUAUAUUCACUGAAUGCUUCUGCACUUAAUUCAAGCUGGAAUAUGAUGGAACCUUUGCUACGGAAAAGCAUAUCCUCAUUUUCUUUGCUUCCUCCAACACAAAAUUACGUUCCUCCUUACAAAGAUCCAUGGAGAUUUUGGUGACCUAUACCACAAACACCAAGGGUUAGUUAUCAGCCUUCAGUGCUUAGCAUGAAAUUCAAUGAUGAAGAUAAGCUCUAAUUGGAUUCAGUUAACCGGGUCAAAGCCAAGAGUCGAGCAAUGUGUGUGGUAUCACAAGAAGUUUGAUUUUUAGUUUAUUGCUUGUGGGCUUGGGUUGUUAGCCAAUCAUUUUAUAGAUUGGUUCAUAUAACACAUUCUGUACAAGCAUAAGUUCUAUAAUAUGCUGUACGUUGUUAAUAAUUCAUCCUUUUAAGAGAUAUAAAUAAGAUUAGUGCCUACUUCUGUUA